AUAAACCAGCAUUAUCGUCGGGUAAAUUCUUUAUUUUCCCCCUUUCCUCUACGUAUCGUUGCACAUAUAAGUUUUUGAUUACUGCCAAAAUGACCUGUACUAUCCAUCCUUCUCUUCCAGAGACGGAUACGCAUAAGGAUUACGCUCGAUUUUACUUUGAUACGACCAAUGUGCCCGAUAAACGUAUCGUCGGUCUGUUGGCAUGUCAGCGUGACCCACUUCUCCGCAUCCUUCGAACGAAAGUGCAUGCUGCUCGGGAGGCCGACAUAACCUCACCUCCGCCUCCCAAGGGCAAGGCGAAGCAAAAGAAGGGUGCUGCUUUUACUUCCGAACAGAAUGUGGCUUUAAAAGAAGAGAGCAAGGGUAAGCUGUGGGAGGUUGAGUUGCUCGACACUAUCAUAUUUCCCGAAGGAGGAGGUCAACCUUCAGACACUGGUGUCAUGCGCCUUUUAGAUCCUAAUGGGGGUGUCAGCCACACAUUUCCCAUUGAAAUGUGUUUGCGUCGGAAGCUCGACAGUGUCCACCUUAUCAGGAUCCCUUCUGGUAUAGAAAUAGACUUGCGGGAAGGCAGGGAAGUCGAGGUCGAAGCCGAUUGGGAUAGGAGAAUAGAUCAAAUGUCUAUCCAUACCUCGCAACACCUCUUGUCUGCCAUCCUUGAAACCCAUCUUUCACUCCCCACUCUCUCUUGGUCCAUGCAACCCUACCCAUCCAUUGAACCGGCUUACGUUGAGCUGCCCAGAGCGCUUACACCCGAAGAAGCAAUGGGGAUUGAGCGUCUCUGUGGAGAAGCCAUUAAACAAUGCAAAAAAAUUUGGGUGGAUUUUACUAUUCAAGGUGACGAUGUUGGGAAAGAAAACAUCGGCGCGGGGUCAGUCGGUACAAGAGAGAUGAGAGGCUUGCCCAAGGAUUACGACGGUGGCGUCAUUCGACACAUCAACAUUCAGGACACUGAUCGUAACGCCUGCUGUGGUACUCAGUCUCCAAACACAUCUCUUCUAUCACUCCUACAUGUCAUUCCCCCAACUCUUUCCAACUCGUCGAAGCCGUCUCCAACUAAGCUUUACUUCUUGUCUGGCCCCCGAGCCAUCCUCGCUUUGCAACAGGCAUCUCGCACCCUUUCUGCUGCGGCAAAGGCGGUCGGAUACGGCAGAGCUGACCUGGUGGAGAGGCUUGAGAGAGCAGAAGUAGCCAGGAAGGAUACGGCGGACAGCCUUAAAGGCUUAAGAACAGAGCUGGCCAAGCUCGUCGGCGAACAGGCCGUCAAGGCAGGAAAAGAAGGGAAAUCAGUUACACUAGUCGAGCGCGAAGAGAAGGGCACUCAUGACUUUGACUGGCUAGGUCUGGUAGGCGCAACAUAUCUCGAGUCCUUUAGCGCUUCUGGGCAGAAUACAGACGGAAAAACGCCCCCUAGCCCACUCAUCAUCCUGACUUCCUCCAUUACGCCUGCCUCUACUACCAGCCAGACACUCCUUCUGAUCCAAUCACCAGACAAUGACCUGGCCAAGUACGUCAAUGAGAAAAUCAAGACAGCUCUUGCAGGGAGGGUAAAGGGUGGUGGUGCUAGAGGAAGGUACAUGAGCAAGAUCGACGGCAAAUGGGGCAAAAUAGAAAAAGACGCUUUGGCGAAGGUCAUCGACGAUCUGAGAGCUGACAGGGUCUGAUAUAAUAAAAGCGUAAUGCAUUGUGUCCCAACGAGGACAUGUCAGUAAAAGAAAUGAGGUUCAGCGGUGUUAUGAACGAUGUAGUAGCAGUACCCGUAGCAAAGAAUAUCCACCGGCUAAAUCCGAUAGCCGAAGUUGUCACGAGACGCCAAACCAUCGCGUGUGUCGAUCACAUUGUUCGUUGUCGUCCGCGGUGUCAGUUGAAUAGCUGUAUGGAGAGUCGAA